CUUUUACAUUUACUUGUUUAAUAUACGAUAUAAAGAUAAGCGUUCAUCCAUGCGGUCGGCAACAUCAUUCCCCUUCCGCUCAUAGUUGAUCCAUCCUCGAGCAUGACUUUUGUGUAGUCCUCGUCGUCUUGCUUCUAGUAUCAAUUUCAGCCAUCUUCACGUUAAACGGAAUCACUUGCUUCUAGUAAGUACUACUUUUAACAACUUCUAGUUGAGUUCUAACUCUACGGAUCUAAAUCGAUUUCGAUUCCUUCAAGAUGGGAAAAGAUAGUGUGCAUAAGGUGCCCAAAUAUGACAAGAUCGUUGUCCACGUCACUCGUUGCGAGGGUCACUCGGAGAAGCCGGAUGGAUCCACUGAGUCGCAGCCUAAAAGGUUUGGCGCGUCACUGACCUCCUACCAUACGGAUUUCAAGAAAGGAUCCGUCUUCACCGACCCUAAGGACUACAAUGUCCUGGCAUACAGUGGGAUAGCGCAUGAGAUUGCAGUCGUUCGUGAUCCUCGUGGACAACAAGGAGUUGUAGAGGUGGACCACGUCGAGGACGCUCUGGGACCUGCCAGUGCCAGACGAAAUAAAGAUGGGUCUUGCCGUAGAGGUGUAUCGUUCAAUCUGGAAGAAGACCAUGACGGCAGUCAAGGCAAAAGUUCGUCGAGGCGUAGUCAUGCAAAAAAGAAUACGACAUCUUGUUCUCCCUGCAGCUUUGGGAAGAACUAUAAUUAUAUUGAUGCCUAUUCGGGCCAGAAGUCUUCACCAAGAACCAGUCCAGGGUUUUCUCCUAAGGAGCCGAAUAAAAGUCCAACGAGCUGCAAGUUGCUCGGCGAAACUCAAAGUCCUACACUCUCCGCACGUGGCCAAUUCGUUGUUUCUGACCGAUGUGGCAAACUUUCAGCACCUCAAAGGGAUAUUCCGGAAUUGUUAGGCACCUUGCGACAUAUGGGAGUCGUUGACAAGGCGUUCCGAUUAGCACCUCACUUGACUAAGGAUGGGAGGUUCGCCGCUGGUAUUCAGUCUGGCUCUGGUGCGUUGACGACGACGAGUUCCUCUGGUGCAGCUCCAAGCACUUUGUCGUAUAGCUAUGGGGGUCCGGGAGGGCCAUUAUCUCCCAGCACUGGCACAACAACUACCCGAGGAGCUCCUGCAGGUGGAACCGGCAUAACCAACCUUCCCGGCUAUCCACCUGCUGAGGCUACCAAAGUCGUCGGAUCGAUCCCACCUGGCUAUGUGAGACGCGCUACAGCCUAUUGCUGGACCGGUGAGAUCGCUAAUCCUACUGAUGAACCUGUCUUGCCGUUUUCUGGGGAUCAUGUCGAACUGGUAUCCCGUCUGAACCAACAAGGAUAUCGGAAAAAUCUAGACCUACAGAAGCAACGCAAGAUAGCUGCUUCGUUGCCCUAUCCGGCUGAUCAUCCGAAUCGGUUUUCCAGCCUGGGACCUUUCAGCACUGGAGAUCAGGAGGUAGGUGAGGUGACCGGACUAGCGGGAAACGUUGCGAGGAAGAUCAAUGACCAAGAACAUCUACCAGACAUGAUCUAUGCAACUUCCAUGCCACCGCGUUGGUGGAGGGAGCCUCCAGGAUGGUUCGAGGCACCAGCGAUUACCACUGGAUUGUUCUCUUCUUUGGCCCCUGAACCUAGGGUGGAUUUGACGGAGAUUUUAGCUGGUGCGGGAGGACCUCCGCCAAGAUGUGGUGAACAUCAGGCUGAGCAGGGCUCUACUAGUUCUCCCCCAGCAGGAGGAGCUGCUUCCAGUCCAAAACAAGAUAAGUCAAAGUCUAGUCCAAAAGAUAAAUCGUACAACAAGAGGUCUGCCUCUUUUUCUCCCACCGCUGAUUCCAAGAGGAACAACAAGAACCUGGAUCUCCUGACACAGAAGAAUCGUCCACUAGCCAUGACCUGGCAUGAAUUCGAACAGAAAACGCAUCCCACACAGCAGUUCGAUUUGGACAGAAAAUUUCACGAGACUUUAGAAAGAAGCUGCAAGCCUAUGCCGCCGCAACCACAACGAUCGUAUCGAUUGAACUUGGUGAAGCGCAACUGGACAGCAGAUGUGGAGCCGGCAAGUGGGCAUCUGAUUGGUGCUAAUUUGCACGGUGUGGAACUGGUAAAGCCGCCCGUGAGAGACUGUUUGGGCCAUGUGCCGCCGAUACAGUGUAGGAAAGGACUGAAAUGAAGACGAAAAAGGCGAUGCUUGUUAAAACGACAAAGAGACCACUGACCACAGGAGCUUCGAAAAGUAUACUAGAUUAUAGAAGAUGAUUUUAUCCAAAAUUAAUGUGAUCAACUAACCUCCGUUAGGCUUAACGAUAAUGAAAGCGAAGAACGAUUUUAAUAUGUCAAGCAGAUGAAGCCGCGAAAAAAUCACUUAUAAGAACUGGCUUUCGUGACGUGCGCGUGCUUGAAGAUUCAAAAAAUGGAAACGUGGUGCAUUUUGUAUGC